AUGCAGCUUCUGAGUUGGAUUAUUCCUUUUUUGACUUUCAUAGUCUUAACACAAACAGGAAGUGUGAUAAAGGAUGAAAAAGUGCGCUAUGAUAAUCAUGUUGUCUAUAAAAUCAAGUUCAGUAAUGUUCUUCAAAGACAACUCUUGCUGCAGCUGGCCAAGAGACAUCAAAGUUACAACGUCUGGAAUGAAUCCCCCUCGGAACUUCAUUUAAUGGUCAGUCCAAAAGCUAUUUCGGAAUUUGAGAAAACAUUAAACAGAGCAAAUGCCACAGCUGAAAUAUUUAUUCCCAAUGUUCAAGUUUUAAUCGAUAAUGAGCAUAUGGAAAACUCAAGAGCAACUUCCACAUUUGGAUGGAAGCGUUAUAAUAACUUGGCUGAGAUCGAGGCUUGGUUGGAUGAAAUACUCGAGAAAUAUUCGGAUGUUACUGAAGGAUUUGUGGUGGGAACAUCCUACGAAGGACGCACUAUAAGAGGCAUAAAGAUCUCCUAUAAAGAAGGCAAUCCUGGAGUGUUUAUUGAGAGCAAUAUUCAUGCCAGAGAAUGGAUUACUUCAGCUACAGCGACUUGGUUAAUCAAUGAAUUGUUGAGCUCAGAGGAUGAACUGAUAAGAGAACUCGCUGAGAAUCAUGAUUGGUAUUUUGUACCUGUGCUGAAUGUGGAUGGAUUUGUUUACACGCAUGAGAAGGAUCGCAUGUGGCGCAAGACGCGACAACCUGUUAGUCACUCUACUUGCAUUGGCGCCGAUGCCAAUCGCAACUUUGAUGUGCAUUGGAUGGAGAAUGGCGGCGCAUCCGAUGAUCCUUGUCAAUUUGAUUAUGCUGGAACACAUCCUUUUUCAGAGCCAGAAGUCAAAGGCUUGGCGGAAUAUCUUGGCACUGUUAAAGAUAAAGUAAAUGUUCUACUCGCAUUUCACUCUUAUAGCCAGGUGCUGCUCUCUCCCUAUGGCCACACAGAUGAAGAGGUUCCUGAUAAUUUCAACGAUCUCCUGCAUGUGGCCAAAGCUUAUGCUGAUGCAGUGGAAGCUUUGCCUUAUGGCACCAACUAUCUCUAUGGCUCUACAGCCAAAUUACUUUACAUGUCAUCCGGUGCCACAAACGAUUAUGCUUAUCAGCAGGGCAUCGAGAUAGCUUACACUGUGGAGAUGCGGGAUAGAGGAACUUUUGCUUUUGUCCUGCCGCCUGCUUUCAUUAUUCCCAAUGCCGAGGAGACAUUGAUUGGCAUUAUAGCUUUGCUGGCUGAGUGCAAAAAGCUGGGCUAUUUGGCUCUUAAAUAAAUG